UUCUGCCACUUCCCUACCAAAUAAACUGGCCUCAUCUCUCCUCCUCCUCAACAAACAACACAAUCACUCACACUUUCCACUUCUCUCCAUCCAAAUCUACAAGAGAUGGCCGCCGUCAGCACAGCCGUCGCCGCCCCAAUCAUCACUCGUCCUGUCAGCCACCACCGCAAGGUCAUAGUUUUCCCUUCUCCUGUCGUGGGGUUGCCACAAAUUCGAGUUCGAGGAAAUAUUCGAUGCUCGAUCGAUACGAAAGAGAUGAAUAAGAAAGCUAAGGCGUCGACAACGGCGGCGACAGCGACAGUGUUGGCGACUGGCAUGAUCGGAGCGACGGGGCCGUCGCUUGCGCUGGUGGACGAGAGGUUGACGACCGAGGGGACGGGGUUGAGUUUGGGUUUGAGCAAUAACUUGCUUGGUUGGAUAUUGCUGGGUGUGUUUGGGCUCAUAUGGGCUCUCUACUUUGCUUAUACAAGCACAUUGGAAGAGGACGAAGAGUCUGGAUUGUCACUGUGAAAUACAUUGUUGGUCAUGCUGGUGUAUUUAUUUUGAGAACUUGGGGUUUAUAAUAUUUUCUCAUAAGUUUUGUGGUAUAAUGUUUGAUCUUAUAUUGUUUUAAUGUAAUUUUGGUUAUGGUUUGCUCA